AUGUCUGACUUGAACGGAAUCUCACUGAAGGGCAAGACUGCCAUUGUCACCGGCUCUUCCAGGGGAAUCGGCGCCGGUAUUGCGAUCUUGCUUGCCAAGCGCGGAGCCAACGUCGUGGUCAAUUAUGUCUCUGAAGGGAGCAAGCAAAGAGCCCAGGAAGUCGUUGAUCAAAUUCACAAGAUUGGCACAAAAGCCAUUCUCUGCCAAGCCAGUCUCAUGAAGCUGGAUGAGAUCCCAAGGCUGAUCGAGGCGGCUUUGAAAAUCAGUGAGACAGGAAAGAUCGAGAUCAUCAUUCAUAAUGCUGCCCUGGGCCUAGAGGCAAACCUGGUAGACACCUCACUUGACCUGUACACUACCCAUUUCGAUUGCAAUGUUCGGGGACCGAUCUUCCUGACCAAAGAGGCUCUCCCACAUCUACCACGCGGGGGCCGUAUUGUCUUUAUCUCAUCUGCUGCUGCUCGUCUCGGCGUUGCUGGACAUACUGUGUAUGGCCCCACUAAGGCAGCUAACGAAGCCCUGGUCCGCGUUUGGGCAAAGGAGCUGGGUCACUCUCAUGGAAUUACCGUCAACUGUGUGAACCCGGGACCUGUUGCGACUGACCAAUGGUUCCAAAGCGACGAGCAGUUCCUAAAGGAUAUGCAGCCGAUGAUUGAUGAGACACCUGCCGCUCCCCGGGUUGGGGAGGUUGAUGAUAUUGCUCCUUUGGUUGCUUUCCUUUGCAGUGAGGAUGCUAAAUGGACUACUGGAUCCGUUCUAUGCGCAAAUGGCGGUCUUUACAACUAG